CACCGCCAUCGCCUCCUGGCCAUCGUCUUGCCCCUCCAUCGUCUUGCCCCUCCAUCCCGCUGCAGACCAAGCAGCCUCAUUGCCCGCCCCUCCUCAUACGUACCUGCUGCCCCAGAGCAUUAACCCUCCUUUCCUACCCCCUUGCUGCAUCCUCCGUUGCAUUCCUGUCGCCAAGUCCUCGGCAUUUCCUAUUCGCUUGCAGCUCGCCCUUGCCCCGCUCUCGCACCCCUCGAUCCUCCUACGCCUCCUACGCCUCCUGCCCAGCUGCUACCAUGUCUGCCCCGUCGCCAGUCGUCCGGCUCGUCAAGCGCAGCUUCAGCUCCAGCCUCCCAGACCAACUCCAGGUCCAGCCCGGCGAUGUCCUCGUCCAGCAUCGCGGCUUCCCUGACGGAUGGAUCUUUGCCCAGCUGGCCACAAGCGGGGCCCACGGAUUCGUUCCUCCGGGCAUCAGCGUCGAGAGCAAGAACAGCAGCAUUGCCCCGGCAUCGAUUCCUCCUGUCGCCUCGGCCCAGUUCCCCGCCCCGUUCAAGGUCACUCGAGCUUGGAGCCCCCUGAGCAGCGACGAGCUGACAACCGCGGCUGACGAUCUGGUCCAGAAGCUGUUUGAGUACGAGGAUGGCUGGGCGUUCGUUCUGCACUCCGAGACUCAGGCAUUUGGAUUCCACCCAUCUGGCUUUCUCCAGUCUGCAGACGGACCCGAGGAGCAGGACGGCAACGCAGGCGACCUGCCCCUCUUGCCCUUCAAAGGUCCCCUGGAGCGCACCAUCUCGCAGCAUCGCAUCCUGUCGUCUGCUCCUACCCUGAUCGAGAACCAACGCAACCUCGACAGUCUCAAGUCCCCUCUCUCGCCGCGCCCCGUUGAGUCGCACUUCCUCCCUACCAGUGCAGCCAGCCUUGGGUCGCUCCUGAGCCGGCUUGUCCGUGUGCCGAUUCCUGUUACGGACGAGCCCGAGACUGUCCAUCCAGUUGCCCUCAAAUGGAAGAACCUCAACCUCAAGCGCCAGUUGAGAGCGCCCUUGGUGUCGCAGAUUGGCAACGUCAAGAUUGCAAUCGUUGGCGACCUUGGAAUCGGAAAGACUACUCUUGUCAAGCGCCUCUUCAGCCUCCCCGAGAUUUACGAGAUCGAGCCCAGCACCACCCAUAUCCUCGAGGGUGCCGCCUCUGGCUCGGGCGCCAACGCACCCGCCACCCGCGAACUGCGAGCCUCAACUGUUACCUCUGCUGACCAGAUCUUUGGCGAGUCCAAGUACAACAUCACAGUCAUCGACACCCCUGGCUACGGCUACCAGACCGACGCCAUGAAGACCAUCCUCCCCGUGCUGCAAUACCACGAGUCCCAGUUCAAGUCCACCGACAAGCUGUUUGCGCCCACGGCCCAGCCCGUGACCAUCCAGAACCUGCUCAAGUCCGGCACCGGCGGCCACUCCCACGUCGACGUCUGUCUCUACGGCAUCCUACAUCGCCUCAAGGCCGUCGACAUCGAGUACAUCCGUCUCCUGUCGCCCUUUACCAUUGUUAUCCCUGUGAUCUUGAAAUCCGACAGUAUGUCCAAGUCCGAGAUCUUCCGGCUCAAGACCCAAAUCCUCAAGACCUUCGACGACCUCAAGAUCCCGCUGCUCACAGGCGGAAUGACCUCGGCCGAGUUGACUCUCCUCGUAAAGUCCCGCGUCGAGGGCACCUUCCCGUUUGCUGUCUCGGGCCUUGGGUCAGAGGUCGACUCGGAGCGCGACGCUUCCAAGGUCCUGGACGAGUUUGAAGAGCUGGGUCAGUUCAUCCUCUACCACCAGCUCGCCGAGUUGAGAGUCCUGACCUCCGAGAAGUUUACGACAUGGAGACGACAGCUGUCCCACAACCAGAGCCCCUAGUACUCUUCCCGCAUGUGCCGAUAUGCUGCUGCCUCCCUCCUCCGCGCUUCAUUGCCGGCUAUUCAAGUACCUUUCUGCCCUCGAUAUCUGCUCUGCAGCAUCUGCGCAACGAAACGGGACACUGCUUUGAGCCAGGGCUGUCGUUCGGCCCCGAAUAUACGUGUCUAUUACGGGCGAUCCGAUAAAGAACGGGGCACCCUUGAUUUUGACCAUUGAUCAAAUAUUUUGUCCCCCCCCCCAAUGCCAUCGCGCUUGAUGUGUGAAAUCCCCAG